AGAUAUGUAUGUAGAUUCUAAACUCAAAAAUCUCUUACAUUGUAUCUCUGCAUCCAUACAUAGCCAAAAUUCUUGCAAGAAAAAAGUUGUGAUCAAGUAAAAUGGCAACCACUUUGUCUGCAUUCAGCUUGAAGCUGCCAACUACAAAUCAUAAGAUACUAUCUCCUCCUUCCCCACCAAGGAGUCUCAGCAAAAGAAGCCAUGGCUUCAGAGUUUCUGCAAAUUUAGGUGGUGGAGGAGAGGGAGAGAUGAAGAAAGGAGGAAAGAAGAAGUUCAUCACCAAGGAACAAGAACCAGAACAGUAUUGGCAAUCAGCAGGUGAGAGAGAAGGGGAGAAUCCCAUGAAAACACCACUCCCUUACAUAAUCAUCUUUGGUAUGUCAACUCCUUUUGUUAUUUUAGCCAUUGCUUUUGCCAAUGGCUGGAUUAAGGUCCCUGUCAGAUGAUCACUUUUCUUGUAUAAUUUUUUUUGUUUUUUUUUUGUCUUCUUCAUUUUUGGAAUGUACUUAAACUCUCGAGUAUUUCAAUCUCCCUUUUCUUUUCUUAUUUUA